AUGAAUGGUUUUCCACUGCAAUGUCACCUCAGAUAUUUGCAGUUACUGACUUUGUUGUUAUUACCCACCAUCGUGUUACAAAAAAGGGCACAAAAUAACACAACUGACUACAUCAGUGAGGCAGGCAAUGUACUGGACAGCAUUAUGUUGAAUUAUGACAAGAGAUUUCGACCAAAUAUGAAAGGUCCCCCUGUUAUUAUCACCCUCAACUUGUUCAUCAGUAGUUUUGACUCUGUCACCGAAUCGACCAUGGAUUACGGUGUAUUGAUAUUUCUCCGAGAACAAUGGAACGAUCCUCGUUUGCAAUUCAACGACACAGACCCCAUGGUUAUGCAUGGCGAUGCAGCCACAAACCUUUGGAAACCCGAUCUUUACUUUUCGAACGAAAAAUCUGGGCAUUUACACGACGUCACUACAGAGAACAGGCUUCUACGUAUUCAUCCAAAUGGCGAUAUAUUAUUGAGCUCAAGGUACAGUCUGACGCUAUCCUGUUACAUGGAUUUCAAGAAAUUCCCCCUGGAUGACCAAGUGUGCGGCAUGACUAUGGAAAGCUAUGGAUAUACGACAGAUGAUUUAUUAUUUUUAUGGGACGAGCCAGACCCAGUACAAAUGGAGGACAAUCUGACAUUGCCCCAGUAUGUAAUACAAAAGACGACUACGGAAAACUGCACAAAAUCAUAUAUAACAGGAUCUUUUACGUGUCUUCAAGUUCUAUUUUUCUUGCAUCGUGACGUUGGCUAUUACAUAUUGCAAGCAUACCUCCCCAGUAUUCUGUUAGUGGUAUUGUCAUGGGUGGCGUUUUGGAUUACGUACGAUGCAGCACCUGCCAGGGUAGCGUUGGGCGUUACGACCAUCCUCACUAUGACAACGCUUGACUCUGGUAUCAGGGCGACACUGCCCAAAGUGGCAUAUGCGAAGGCAAUUGAUAUCUGGAUGGCAGUUUGCCAAGUUUUCGUCUUCAGUGCCUUAGUGGAGUUUGCUGUGGUCAAUUACGUUCACGUACUCAGAACAAAAAGAAGACAGGAACUUAUCCAACAACAACAAGACAAACCCAAGCUUGAUCACAAAGCAAAGGCAAAAGAUAAUUAUGGAUACGAGCCAGAUGAGGACGGGAAAGAUAAUGUCAGACAGAGAGCCUCAAUAGAAACUGCGAACCGCAAAAUGACAUUCAGAGAAGCAGUGUUAAAAGUAACAGAACUACAGAAUGGUGAUCUUAGUCACAGAGACUUAGAGGCCCGUGAUUUCUUCGUUGACGCCAAAUUUAUAGAUAGGCUAUCCCAAAUCUGUUUCCCAAUUGCUUUCGCUAUUUUUAACCUUGCAUAUUGGAUUACAUUUUUUUUGUUUGUACGAUGA